AUGACGAGCCCGCAAGCGACCGCCCCCGCCCCCGCCUCGCCGCCAGCUCUUAACAUCCUCGCGGAGCGAUGCUCCGAGAUCCUCUGCGCCAACGAGCACAGGGCAGCGGUGGCCUGCAGCGACCAGCAGGAGAAAGUGGCAGAACUCGGCCGGAGAUUGGCCGUGGCUGAGGAGGACCUGCUGCACUACCAGGCUGGCGUUUGGGAGGGCUACGACCGAUUCCGGGUUGUAGCCCAGCAAAAGUUCGUCGACAGGCUGCAGCGCAGGCGGAAAUACAGGUACCGCUGCCUCCAGCGGGGGUUGGCCGUCCUGAAGGAACAGACGGCGAGGAAGUUGAGAGUCGGCAGGAGUCUGGCGAGGGAAUACCAGAAGAAGCUGGAGGCCGGAGAGGAGCUGUCUGCCGCGGAGGAGGCGACAGCCAGGAGGUUGUAUGGUGAGCCAUACGUCGUCGACCCAAACGGAGGAUGGGAUGGCCUCUUCAGGCUGGAUCCGGAAACUAGCACGAGGCUGAUCCGGAGGCGGCUUGAGGGGUCGUGCCUGUUCAUGUACGAGUGA